AUGAAGGAGAGUUCUGCAGCUAAUCCUAUUGAAAUCUAUGACGUGGAAGCUGAUGUUUUCAAGUCCUUGCUUCACUUCAUAUACACCGACUCCGUUCCUCCAGUGUUUGGUGUGGUCAUGGCCAGCCAUCUACUUGUUGCGGCUGACAGGUACAACAUCGGCAGGCUGAAGAUGAUAUGCGAGGAGAAAUUGUGCACUCACAUCGAUUCCAACAUGGUGGCCACCAGUUUGGCUUUAGCAGAGCAGCAUGGUUUCCAUCGUCUCAAAGAGGCUUGUUUGCAAUUCCUUGCUUCUCCUUCCAAUUUCAAAGCUAUGAUGGCAAGCGACGGUUUUGAGCAUCUGACAUCCAGCUGCCCACAUGUUCUCAAGGAGCUUGUAGCUAGAAUCCUUCCCGCUGAAUGGGGGGUGGCAAAGGAUGUUGUCAUGACAAUGUGGAAGUAG